AUGGCGACUGGCGAAGGGUGUUCCGCUGGCGACCAUCACUACAUUGAUCCUCUUUCCAACGGGCUUCCGAACGGCGGGCCGCUCAUGGCGCAGAUUCAGGCUGCCACAGCGCCACGUAGGCGAGAAGUGGAUGACAUUAUUCAAAACGCGUACGCUGCCAAGUCAACUGGCGAGCUGCGUUACCAGCUGACGCUGUCGCUUCGCUCCAUUCGUAUGGCCCGUCGCAGCAUGUACAUUGCGUCGCCACUGUGCCGUCGCUCGCUCAAGUUCGCCAUUUCGCAGUCCAAGAAGGUUGACAGAUUUCUUCGCAAGGGCGACGUCGCACACGCGCGCAAGCAGACGGUGCUCCUCGCCAAGGCCGUCGUCGACUGUCAGCGAGACGUCGGGAGCGUUAUCGCGAAGCGAAGCAGUAACGGCGCGCCGAAAGCGCAUGGUUACGAAGUAGAGACCGCGACAACACAAGGCACGAGCCUGGCUGGUGGCAGGAACAGCGACGUUGGCGGUUUCGUGGAAUCAUUGUCCGUACUCGACCAAGCCGCCUUCACGACAGCUGCGACGGCUGCGAAAAUCCUCGCCGAAAGUGGCGACGAGUACAGCGACAGCUUUCAGGAGUUGGAGAACGCUGUUAUUCGCUUGAGCGCCGUUGGGCAGACGCUGAAGCGCGUGAGCGGCGCGCGGGGAAUGUCACGCGGAAUUGUGGGACCGGAGGGGAACCAGGGGCUCCAGGAGGUCCUGCAAAAGCCGCCGACGCGUGCGACGAGCAUCGUGGACUUCGUCGUGGAUUACGGAGAGGAGCUGGUUGCCACGCUCCCGAAGGACGUAACGACGCUGACCUUCAACGGCACGCUCGGCGCGCGCAUCCACUCCGCGCUGGCCUUCCCCUCGGGGGUGUUCUCCGCGCGCCUGCAGUGUCCGCAGGGGCAGGCGAGCGGGCUCGACACCACCUUCUAUCUGUCGACGGUGGAGGGCGGCCCGGCGACGGACGCGAUCGUGAUGAGCGUGUUCGGCAACGCGCGCACGCGCGUGCGGUGCAUGGUGAUCGUGGACGGCGUGCCGGGCAGCACGCAGGAGGUGGAGGUGGGCGACGACUGCGCCGUGGGCUUCCAUAACAUCACCAUCAUGUGGAGCAAACAGAUCAUCAUAUGGAUGUACGACAACCAGGUGCUGCGCGUGCUAUCGCGCGACAUGCUCUCGCCCUUCCCGCUCUCCACCACAAUGUUCCUCUACGCCUCGCUCUACGACACCUCGCCCUACCCUUACGCCUGGCAAGCCGGCUACCUCCGCUCUUCCGCGCUCUCCCUCUCCGCCACCUACGCCGCGCCCACCGCGCUCGCCCCUACGCCCUCCCUCAACUUCAACCUGCCGCUGGACCCGUUACUAGGUGCCCCGUUAGAGACACGCCCGAAGGGGCGGGUGAUGGGGCGAGGGGCAAUGUGGCCCGUGGCGAUCGACUACUGCUCGACGCACGUGGAGACGCAGAGGGGGUACCAGUCAAUCCGGUUCGACGGCACGGGGUGUGGCGGGCGCUUCCACUCCACGCUGCGCUACUUCAGCGGAACGUUCUCCGCGCUCUACCAGUGCCCGCGGGGGAACGCGUCCGGUCUCGUGUCCGCGUUCUACCUAUCGUCGGAAGAGGGCAGCAGGUUCCAGGACGAGAUCGACUUCGAGUGGCUGGGCAAGAACCACCGCGCCGUGCAGACCAACUUCUACGUCAACGGGGGCGGCGGCCGCGAGGUGCUCGUGCCGCUCGCCUUCGACUGCUCCGACGCUUACCACAACUACACGCUCUCCUGGACCAGGGAGAAGAUCCGCUGGUAUGUGGACGGCGCGCUUGUGAGGGAGGCGUUAUCCAGUCAGUCUGACGCGUAUCCGGUGAAGCCCAUGUAUGUGUAUGGGUCCAUGUGGAAUGCCAGCUGGGUGGUCAACGGCGGGUGGUCCGGCGCGUAUAGUGGCGUGGACGUGCCUUAUUUCGCCAAGUUUAAGGGUAUUAGGAUCGAGACGGCUUGA